AUUUUGUUUUUGCUUGUUUGUUUAUUUUGCCAAUUGUUCAUUUUCAAUUCAAUCAUUCAUUAUUGCAAUAUUUGUUGUGAUUGGAAUUGAGAAUUAAAUAAAAAAAAAAUUUUAGUUUUUAAAAAAUGUUUCGAUUUUUGACAAUAUUUUUCGUAAUAACAAUUUUUUCCAAUUGUUAUGGCCUAAGCGAACAACCAUGUCGUCAAUUGAAUCAACAACGACAAGGUUAUCGUCUUGUACUACGUUAUCCGCCUGGUUGGUGUGUUGCGAUGCCACAUGAUGAAUGUGAUGGUCCAGCAGAUUGGGUUAUUCAAGGUUUUUGGCCAACACCUAUUAUAACACAUUCGACUAUUCGAUUUGAUCAUCAACAUCCGCUUCAAUUUUGUUGUCAUAAACAACAAUUCAAUAAAAAAACAUUGUCAUCGAUGAUAAAAUCAUUGGAACGAUAUUGGCCAUCUGAAUCAUAUACAAAUCAUUAUAAAUAUUGGCAACAACAAUGGCAUCGAUAUGGUGCCUGUUCACAUGAUCCAACAGCAAUCGAUCAACCUAUUUCACGUAUCAGACAAUAUGAUCAAAUUGAUGUUGGCGAAUAUUUUGCAUUAGCAUUAGAUUUAUUUCAUCGAUUACGUAUUCGUAAAUGGCUUGAUGAUAAUAAUCUAAAACCAUCAAAUGAUCAUUCAAUUUUAACAAGUAAAAUUCGUAAAACACUUAAUUCUCAUCUAAAUCAAAUGGAUCAUAGUUCUUUGGUAUAUGAAUUACGAUGUGCACAUAGUAAUAAUACAACCGUUACUCAUGGUCGAAAAAUUUUAAAUGAAAUUCGAUUCUGUUUUGAUGAUCAAUUAGAUUUUAUUGAUUGUUCGAAAUUUAUUGAUACAGAUCAACAUACAGGACGAACAGGUCUAUGUGAUGAUGAUCAUGUUUACUAUGUUGAUAAAUUAGGUUGGCCAUAAUCAAAAAUUCUUUCGUUUUUGUCAAAUGAAAAACAAACAAACAAAAUCUUCCUACGCAAUUGGUAUGAUUGGAAUUUCUACAAAUUCCGUAGUGUGUGUGUGUGUUCUUGACUUUAUUCUCAAAGGAAUGUGACAAACAUCAACAACAAAUCAUUGAACAAAUUUUCUGCAUAACUUUUUCCAAAAAACAAAAAAAAAAUGUUUGAAAUAAACAAAAUUUCUUUUUUAAUGAA